GUGUGCGACAGGGGGCGCAGUUUGGUGGUGGAGUAGAUGCGCUGCUCUUCUUCUGUCCUUCUGCUCGCCAUCGAAAACGCAUUGUUUAGGAUCAGCUGUGUGUCCGAAACCCCACCCAAGCAAGGGCAAAGACACAGAGAGAGAGAAAGAGAGAGAGAGAGAGAGAGAGAGAGAGAGAGAGAGAGAGAGAGAGAGAUUCAUUCGGAACGCACCCGCAGUGGACCGGAACCGAGCGUCGAGCUGUCUGUCGCUCCCGUCUUCUUGUUUUUUCUCUCUCUCCGUUAAAGCCGGAAGGUUUCAUCCCUCCAUCUUCACUACAUCCUUCCUCCAUCCUCCCGGCCGCAGUCAGCUGAUCGAUACACACACCACCACCUUCAUCAUUAUCUUCUCCUUCAUCAUCCGGAUCCAGGAUGAUCGCGUUAUUUAAUAAACUCCUGGACUGGUUUAAAGCUCUGUUCUGGAAGGAGGAGAUGGAGCUGACGCUGGUGGGCCUGCAGUACUCCGGGAAGACCACCUUCGUCAACGUGAUCGCGUCCGGACAGUUCAGCGAGGACAUGAUCCCCACCGUUGGCUUCAACAUGCGUAAGAUCACUAAAGGAAACGUCACCAUUAAGCUGUGGGAUAUCGGUGGACAGCCGCGGUUCCGCAGUAUGUGGGAGAGAUACUGUAGGGGGGUCAGUGCCAUUGUGUAUAUGGUGGACGCUGCAGAUCCGGAGAAAAUUGAGGCGUCUAAAAACGAGCUGCACAACCUGUUGGACAAACCGCAGCUGCAGGGCAUCCCUGUUCUGGUGUUGGGCAAUAAGAGGGAUCUGAAUGGGGCGUUGGACGAGAAGGAGCUGAUCGAGAGAAUGAACCUGUCUGCCAUCCAGGACCGGGAGAUCUGCUGCUACUCCAUCUCAUGUAAGGAGAAGGACAACAUCGAUAUCACACUACAGUGGCUGAUCCAGCACUCCAGAACCAGACGGAGCUGAAAGGUGGAGCUUCUGAUUGCAGAAACAGUAUCAUGUGACCACCUGUAUGCCAAGUCCCACCCCUUUUGGGUUUACGCCCCUCCCCCCGCUCUAACUCUCUAAAACGACUUUCAUUCCUGUACAAAUUGUGAUAAAUAUGAUUUGCACUGUUUACAGUUUUAUGUUUGUUUGUUUUUAAACUUUUAUGCAUUUUUUUAUAAUAAUGAAUUUCAGACCAGUCACAUGAUGAAAAAGUUGUUUUAUUUGUUUUUGUGUUUGUGUGUGUGUGUGUGUGUGUGUGCGUGCGUGUGUGUGUGUGUGUGUAUUUCAGCUUUUUCACACAUCAGUAAUUGGUUAUACGACAAAUCACUCAAUCUUCACAGAGGACACUUUGUCAUGUCCGUGUGUGAUGUUUUGUGAUAAUUUCGUAAAACCGCGAUAAAAUGAUUAUGCGAUUAUCCUACUAUAAUAACGAAAACAUGUCGACACACUUUCACAACUCAGACUGAGAUGAUGUUUGCCUUUGUUGUGUGUGUGUGUGUGUGUGUGUGUGUGUGUGUGUGUGUGUUUAAAGGAAAUGUCCUAAAAACAAUAUCCACAGUGUCUCUUCAGUCCCAGCGUAGUCGAGGCUAGUGUAGCUAAUACGUAAUGAUAGCCUAUGGCCUGCAGUUUAGCAUUGUGUGUAUAAACUACAGCAUGCAUUAAAGUUUUUUAAAUGGUUGUGUAUUAGCAACGACAUGCCAUUGUUUUGUGUUAAGUUUUUAUCCUUUGUGUUUUGUGUGUUUUGGAGGCUCUUUGUGUUUGCUUUAUUUCUCUACACACUUACCUGUGACACCUCAAUCCUUCACACACACACACACACACACACACACACACACACACACACACACACACACACACACACUGUCAUUGUUGUGUUGUUUUCUGGUCAGUAUGAAUAUUAACAUUAUAAUGCCGAGUCUGAGUUUUUAAUCUUGUAUGUGAUCAGAUGUGUUUUAAUCUAGAAAUGUAAUGAGAAAUUAAAUAGAUGAAAAAGCAGCCUGGGUCAGCUAGCUAACUUUGUUCACAAUUUAAGGUGGAAUAAUAUCAUUUAUGACUUAAAGCUCCAGUCCACCUUAAAUCUGUUGGCUUUCUAGCCCAUGAGUCCAGAUUUUUAGUCGUUUAUUUAAAGAAAUUAGAAGAAAUUAAAAGUUCCUCUUUCGAUUUUUAUUACAUCAAAUUACAUUAGGUUUAAACUCCAGUCCACCUUAAAUCAGUCCUUCUCUGCUGUUUAGGCUCAGAAUGUCAAACAUUAAUGCGUGAACAUUUGUCCUGUUUUAUUUAUUUGUUUUUUAUUCUACGUUCUGAUCAUCAGCAGCAUCUGAUCUCCAGUUCCACACGUGUAUAGUUCGGUCUUUUUCAGACACAUGGUUGAUUUUAAAACCUGUCCUGAUUUUUAACUCGAUGUUGUAAAUAACAACAGAACCCAAAACCCUUCUUCUGACCGGACUUUGAGAGAAAAAAAAAUCUGUUGUGAUUUCUGUGAUUAAAAUUAACAAAAAUAAAAACACUCCAUGGUUUAGAGAA